AUGGGCCAACUUAACAAGAGUGAGGCUAGUAGAGUAUUAGCACUAGUCGACGACAUAAGUAAGUACCUAGGAAAAGACCAGAAGCCGACCAGUGGACAUCAACCAGUGGCUACACCAGCCCAUAUGUCUACACCGACGCACAUGUCUACACCAGCCCAUAUGUCUACACGGAAGCACAUGUCUACACCAGCCCAUAUGUCUACACCGACGCACAUGUCUACACCAGCCCAUAUGUCUACACCGACGCACAUGUCUACACCAGCCCAUAUGUCUACACCGACGCACAUGUCUACACCGACUCAUAUGUCUACACCGACGCACAUAGCCAAUAGUUACCAGCGAGAAGACACAGUCGAUAAUACAAUCAACAAGGGGGUACCAGGUGGUGCCGAGGCAGUCUACAGUCAGUCGUCUACGCCCCGGGCACAGUCAGUCUCUCAAGCAGCUGCGGCAGUCUGUUGUCAACACCAGAGGCAAGUCAGUGGCAGCCCGGGACUAAACUUUUCAUACCGGGACAAAAACGCAUCGAACGACCUGUACACUAACGAUGAUUACGUCCUGAUUACGGCUUUCGACCAUCAGACGGAACCAGAGAACUUCAUGUUUCCAUCUGUCGAGGCAAACAACAAUAACAUUCAGCUGCAAGACGUCAACCAGAUCAACGGCAAUACGUGUUACAUGACUGAGGGGUCGACUGGAUCACCUUUUCGUCAGGGAGGGUUUACGGGGCAACCUCACUCUGCCGCCGCCCACCAGCAGCAGUCUGUGAGAGGUCAUCUAUAUCAACCUCCUCGGCUCCUUCCUAGAAGCACGGCAUUGGCGUCGAGGAGCCAUUCCGUCACUGGGUUACCGACGCCUAUGGAAAGACACGGUUUGUAUCACGACGAAUGCUCUGAGUUAUACCGCUAUAUGGAUUCCUGCUCGCACCAGAUACACGCCUUGUGUAUGGAGAGUGAGAACAACACUCAGGGCUCCCAGACGUCGAUCUCCCAGCUGUCGAAUAUCGCCUCAUCGGGAUACCAGAGCUUCGCCUAUUCCCAGUCUUCCUCCCCUGUUGAUCCCCUCCUACACACUGACAAUUCGAGCUUGUUGUCUCGUGAGAAUGGGAAUCCUGGUGUACUGGGGUUGAGACAAGUUCUCCACGCGUCCCCUUUAGCCUCGCCUCUGCAUCUCCCAGCUACCACCACUAGGCAUCGCGCCGUGGCUGUACAUCUGGCUUACUUAGGUCACGCCGGUCACGUGUCGCUUCAUGGUACGCCUAGACACAAUCCCAAAGUCACUCAGCCUCAAGGCGGUCCGUAUAGCAGCCUCAGCACCUCCCAGAGUGUAGAGGACCUCACGUCCCUAAGUCGAGGCCGCACACGCCAACGCCGCUCUGCUUCAUCCUCUUCCGAUUCCUCCCCUGACUCCCGACCUUCCUCACGCUCUCACGCCCAUUCUCGCCGCCCCCACGCCCACCCUCCCCGCACCAAUCCCCACUGCUCUCCUUGCUUGGCACCGUCUCCCGCGUUGAGGCAGGAGCUAAGAGCCAGAUCACAUCAUGAGCGGAGCAUUAGCGGAGGAAGGGGAAGGAAUUAUAGGUUAAUGAAUGGUUUCGCCACGAACAGGUGCGUGAAAUGCAACAAAGACGCCCGCAUUGACGUCCCAGAGCCAAGAAGAUCGCUGCCUUGGAUUGCGCAAACACCAGCUCGUCGCGUGCUCGCUUAA